AUGCCUCCGCAUCACCCUCCCGAGUCGCCCACCCACCAGCAUCAGCCCCACGCCUCCAACCUCCUCGCUGCUGCACGCGCUCGCGUCGCCCACCAACUCCUGGCCGCGCGCCCAACCACCACCACCAGCUGCCACCGCCUCGCUCAGCCGAGCCGCCCAAGUUUGCCUCCACGCGCGCACCACGCACCUGCCAAGCAGCGCCCGCCACUUGCGCCUGGCAAGCCACCACACCGCGCCCGCGGGCUCCUCCACUGCCGCCCACCCACGCGCAGCUCACGCGCCCGCACCCAGCACCCCCAGGCCUCCACGGCGCCCCUCACGCUCGCGCUCAAGCCACCCGCCCAGCGCAGUCUCCUACUCGGCCAGCUACCAAGCACCUACCCGCGUGCGUGUGCACAGACCAAGGUUCCUUGCCGCAUCUCCUCAGGCCAUCCACACGCGCAGCCCAACCAUUUCCUGCGAGAAUCGCUCAGCUCCCGCUUGACCGGCACUGCCGCCUCCAUCAGCCCGGCACUGCCGUGCCGCUCACCCCGGCACUGCCGGCCAUACAACAACGGCACUGCCGCCCUGGGCCAUGUGCUGUUCAAAACAGUUCGUCCUGUUCGUGCUCACCGGCACUGCCGGCCGAUUCCUGGCGGCACUGCCGGCCCCCAUCAUCUUCAACCUCCCGCCUGCCACACCUGCGCCCCACUUCCACCAAUCAUCGGCCAAACCACCACGGCGCCGCGCCUCUGCAGCAAGUCGACCCCGCCUCCCCUGCCGCGCGCCUCCCUUACCCCGUUUCCGUCCCGACCACGCCUGGCCGCUCGCCAACCUCCAAGCUCGCGCUCAGGCCUCACCCAGCUCCCGCCCGCGCCAGGCAAGGCACCACGCCCGCCGCUCGCCUUCCGCCUCGCCUGCAGCGCGCUCGCCCGCCUUGGCCCGCUCCACGCCCGCCUCCACGCAGCUACCGCCAACCACCGCCCGCGCCCACGCCCAUCCGCUCGUCGCCCCGCACAGCGCCGCCUGCACCACGCCCGCCCUUGGCCAACCUCGCCGCCGGCCCACGCCAACACCAGCAGGCGCGCCCGCACAAGCAGCAGCAGCGCUCGACCGCCGCCCGCCUCACUCGCCCCGCUCCACGCCACGCCCAGGCCCCUGCCGCUGGUCGCGCCUCCAUCCCUUGCCGCUCGACUGCAGGCCGCGCCAGCCCAAGCUACAACCGCAUAA